AUGUUCGGCCGCUCUCAAAUCGUUCACUUCGCUGCUUUACUCGCCCUACUAUCCCCUGCGUUGGCUACCGUCUAUCGCGCGGAUUCUCGCUCGCCUCAAGAGAUCCUAGAUGAUGGAGGCUUCAAGGCCUGGAAUCCUCAAGGAACCGGGAGUGUCAUUGACCAUGUCAAGAAUAAGCUAGGUGACCAGGAUCCAUGGGUUUCAACCACGAGCAGUGAAGACUUUGCUAAAAGUGGCGCCACAUACCCCGGCAAUUCCUAUGUCUACCACAUCUCAGAAAACGGCAUCAAGCUUGUUGACACCAAGAAAGCUUUCGAGGAAGCAGGCGAAGUUCAUCCUAACCCUGCCGAGAAGGAGUUUUCAGUCAAGGGCGAGAUUACCUGGGAUAGCAUCAUCAAGUGGGACGUCUACAACAACAAAAACAAGAAGAUUAGCGAUCAGAACUCGAGACGACUUUGA